AUGUCUCGAGAGGUGAUGAUUUUCUGUAAGGGACAUUCCAUUGUUUACCACUCAUGCAGAGUUUCUGUUCUUCCGUUUCAAGGAGACCACAUUCUUCAAAAUUUAGACGGAUGCGUCCUCUUUGAUAAUGGCACAGUUAAUAUCAUAAAAAAAUAUCAUUUUAAUGGAAAACCACUUGCAUUUUUCAACUGGGAGACUGGAAAAUGGAUGGCAGAACUGCCGGAGUAUAAAGAUUUGGUUGAUGAUUGGAAUGGAAAUACAACUAUGUCUGAAGAAGAAAAGAAUAUUUCAUUGAGUGAAUGUGUUCCGCACAUACAAGAACUGCUUCAACUGGGCAAAUGCACGCUCGAUAGGAAAGAGGCUCCAGUUGUGAAAGUGACUCAGGUUCCUAAAGAGAAUGCUGGCGUUAGGCUCUACUGUCGAGCAUAUGGACAUUACCCCAAGGACAUCUUCAUAAUGUGGUACAAGAACGGACACCAGAUAAGGGAGAUGAUGAUGGAAAGGUUGACCCUGCCACUUCCUGACUUGACAUAUCUGACCUCAUUAUCUUUCAAUGUUUCGGCUGUGGCUGAUGAUGUUUAUACCUGCAAGGUCAACCACAGUAGUAUGCUGCUGAAUUUCACACAAGAUCUAAGAAUUUCAGAUGAUUUUGAAAGUCUAAGCAGCACUUCUUCGAAUCCAUCUACUGGGGCGGUGAUUGCUAUCUGCCUGGCCAUCAUCCUGGCCAUCACUAUCAUUGUGUUUAGCUCAGUAUCAUUUGCAAAAAGGGGACGACAAUGAUAUCUGUCGUUUCAAGGAAAUGUAUCGAGUAAGGGAUCCUAUUAUGGAGCUGUAACCGAUAUAACAAUUUGCCAUUCCACUGGUCAAUUAGGUGUUAUAAUCAUUUGCCCUCCGGCGAUGUGCCGCUGACCAGUGAGUAUUUGUAUGCACAUAUGAAAAUUUGAUUGGGCAACAAAUGAGCCCUUGCUUAUU